AUGAGUGCAUUUGCUGCCCUUAAAGGAAAUUCAAAUGGUGGAUCUAUAUUUAGUACUUUAAAUAAUAGUGAAGAAGAACAAGAAGAUGAUGAAGGAUUAAUUCAAUAUCAAGCAAAUUCAUCCGAUGAGGAAAUCAAUGAUGAUGAAGAUAAAGAAGAUUCCCCAGAUUAUGGAUUACUACUACCUGUUCAACAAAAAGAAACCAGUACGUCUUCGACUCCAAUUGUACAAACUGCUAGAAUUACAAUAUCAAAUUUUAUACCAACUCAAGAAAAUCUUCAAUUUAAUGAAAAUUCGGUAAUUGUAACAUUAAAUGAUCCCUUAGAAUAUUUACUUAUAUCUGGACAAUGUAAAAUUAAAAUACUUCUGGGUGAAAUUAAAUUAAAUAAUUGUCACGUUUUAAAAGCAGGAGACGUGAGUUAUGAUUUAAUUGGAUUACAAUCACAGUCUUUACCAAUCAUUGCGUAUCAUAAUCAACAAUCCACAUUUGAAUUAAUCAAUUUAUAUAAUGGAUUAGAGAAUAUUGGAAAAGUGUGUAAACCAUUGAAAAAUAUUGUCAAACAUGAAGAAAAUCAAGAUCAAUCAUUCAAGAAUUAUUCAUUUGAAAUUGUGUUUAAUGAUAAUAAUGGAGUAUGUGGAUUGGAUAUAAAUCCUACUUGGAUAGAUGAAUUAAAUUCAUUAAAAGAAUGUUAUCAACCUUUGAAAAUAAUGAUUAUUGGAAAUAAAAAUACUGGGAAAUCCACAUUUUGUAAAACUUUACUUAAUGAAUUACUUCUUGAAGUACCACAAUCUCGUGUUGAUUAUCUUGAUUUGGAUCCAGGACAAUCUGAAUAUUCACAUCCUUAUACAUUAUCCCUUUCUAAAAUAAAUCAACUUCAAUUUGGUUUUAAUAGUUCAAGUACUAAUAUAGGGAAAGAUAAAAAAUAUGAUCAUUAUUUUGGGUUUACAAGUUCAAUUCAUUCACCAACUAGAUAUAUGAAAAUAAUCGAAGAUUUAUAUUCAAAAUAUGAUGGGAAAAAUCACUUAAUUAUAAAUACUCCAGGAUAUAUAAAAGGGUUUGGGAAAGAAUUAUUAAAUGAAAUUACUAAAUUGAUUCAACCUGAUAAAUUAAUUAUUCUUUCAAAUAAUUUAAAUAUUGAAUAUCCUGAUAAUGUUUACUUAUUACAAGACUUACAGUACUACGAUGUUAAAAUACUACCAGGGAUUUAUCAACUUUCAAAAUAUUCAGCACCAGAAAUUAGAUCAAUUAAUAAGUUGUUAUAUUUCCAUGCAUCACCACAAGCCCAAGGAAUGUUUGAUUUUUCAAAACGAUUAUUAGAUGCAUCACCAUUGAAGUUGUCUUAUAAUUGUCCAUCACAAUCGUCUAGUACAACCGGAAUUGUGAGUUCAGUAACUGUGUUAAACUUUGACAUACCAAAAGAUUUUGAUAUUUGUUCAUUAAUGGAAGUAUCUAUCUGUGGUGUUUAUCUAACAAAACAAUCCUUGGUCACUCCCCAAUCACCAACAAAUCCAAAUCAUCCAUAUUUCUUAAAUCAAAAAGAUUUUGAUAAAGUUUUCACAGUUGAUUCAGAAUUUGGUGGAUUGGUAAUUAUUCAUAGUAUAAAUCCACAAUCUCACUACAUGAAUAUUUAUGCUCCUGAUUCAGUAGUUCAAAAACUCCAAAAGGGAAUCAAACAAGGUUAUAGUAUCAUGAUAGUCCGAGGAGAUGGAGAAGUACCAAGUUGUGAAGUAUUACAUCCUAAAUUAGUUAAUCUUAAAAUAGAUUCAGUGAAACAAAAGAGAAGAAACAAAGAAGGUUUGAAAACCAAUGAUUUCAAUUUUCCAUAUGUUAAUUUUGAAGAGAAACGAAUGAAAAUUGGCGGGAUUUGGAAAGUAAGAAAGAAUAUCAUGAGAAGAAGUCAUAAUCAUCAAAGAGAUUAA